AUGCUUAAUGAAUUUUUAAGAGGAGUUCUGAACGCUGUGAUUUUUGCUAUGCAGUAUUGUUGCGCAGUUUUGAACGACGCGCUUAAUUUAACAAGGUACCACAUAUUUACAACGUUGUUUCAAAUGCUCUCUCCCAGUAAACGUGAAAAGUUCGAACUGGCGUAUUCAAUGUUGGACGCUACACUGGAAAUUUCCAACAAUCCGUUCGGUUUGGUAAGGCAGUGCGACGGACACUUAGGAAACUUUGGAAUUACCAACAACGCAUCGGUCAAAAUAAUUGAUCUUGACCUAACCUACCCCCAUGUCUUCCUAAGGACGCUUUUAGAGCAAACAAAAUGCGUAUCGGACGAGGAAUGCUGGGCGGGUAACUCGGAGGCUUGCUUUUCUUCGUGUAAUACAAGCUCAGGCUUCUGCACACCGGCAACUGUGGUCCAAGAUGUACAUAUUAUCUGCGAGGUUCUUUUCCCUAUCAUCUUUCGAGGUCCCAAUAUCCUAGAACCACAAGGUCAUAACACCACCUUCCUGACAAAAGCUAUCAGUAAACUUGGCCUAUUUUGUAGUAAGCUGCCAGUGGCAAACACCAUUGAAGAUUUAAGGCGUGAAAUUCUUGCUGUUAAAAGAAGACUAAAAACUAUUGAAAUCAGGUCAUCAAAGAAGUUUUAG